AUGGCGCCCUCCAAGCCCAGCAAUCCACCUUCUUACCCGCGUAAGAUUCCGCAGCGCUUCAAACCGGUGCGGUCAGAGAUUUUUGCUGUCAUGGCUUCCAGGUCGCAAGCUCGACGAGAUCAGAAUCGGCCAGAAGCGGGCUCAGCAGAGACGGCUGGUGAGCUUUCGGUAGCCCCUGUUCGAGUCCUUCAAGGGCCGCCGGCUGGAGAUGCGUCAGCUGAAUGUUCCUCAAGAGAGGGUCCUCCGCUUAAGAUUCCGUCGAUUGUGGUUCCUUCGGCAAAGGCUACAAGGAAGAGAUCUCGACCGUCGGCGACGCAGUUGGCACGGGUCCCAAAGCUGCCGAAACGCAAUAUACAGCUGAGAGCUGCUUUGCAUGCUGCUGCUAGAGCAAAGAAUGUGAGGAGCUCGCGUCCUGUUGAGAUGUCACCAGGAUCCAACUGACUCUCUGUAGGCUUCUGACGGGGUAUCUUUGGAUGGCGAGGCUAUUGAAUCAGAAGGAGUAGCCAAUAGAGUUCUGCGCCCUUCGUCUUGUUUCGUUGAUGGCGAUGCUGAAGAUAAAGCAACAAAUUCCGAACCUGAUCAUGAUGUGAAUGCCAACCAAGCACAACUUGAAUCGGAUCUUGGUCCAAGUCAACAUGCAGAGGAUCGCGAACAUGGCGGUGAUGAGCAGCUACUGCGGGAAGACACAGCGCGCCAAAUGAUCCAAAAGAAUCCUAAGCACAAAUCAUUCUUCAAAGUAUCCAAGCCUAGAGUUCAGAGAAGAAAGGAGCACCGACGACAAUCUGUGGAUGAGCUUAUGGUGACGACUGAAAGACUAAGUCGGGCAACUUUGACUGAAGGUAUUCCUACUUCUCCCCAAUAUCCUCUGAAAUCAACUCAUGCUUUUUGAGUAGGCUCUUCAGACGAAGAACUUUCUAUGGUAUUGCACGGUACUCCCAAGUUCAAAAAGAACACUCGCAAGCCGGUAAACCUUCAUAACAUUGACAACACCGACUUUCGCAUGCCAAAAUCCUUCGAUUCAACUCCUAGCCCAUCAUUGAAAUUUUCAUGCUCGGACGGUUUUGUGGGCAAAGAGGCAUCACCAAUAGGUUUGGUGAUGCGAGUUCGGUAUCCUGGGCAAAAAAACCCUCGAGACAGGAGAAAAAAAAGUCCUUUGAAAAUGAGUGAGUUGGUCAUUGGCAAUAAGCGACAUCAAGAGGAAAGGAAACGAAGAAAGCAUGGUAGAGAGAUACCUUCUUCAAGUGGUCAGCAGUACUUCGAGCCUCGCAGGGAGCCUCCAAACGACAUCGUUGGCCUGGAAGACGACACCGUCAUGACUGCUUCAGCGAUUACUACAGGCAAUGAGCAAGACGGUCUAGAUGUACCAAAUAUGCCCGAAGAAAUGCUCAUCGACGGUGAUGACCACAAUCCGCAAAUCACUCACAAUGCCGGGCUAGACAUCGAUGAAGAUGGACACCAACUACUCACACCGUCUACAAUGGGCUACAAGUCCGACGACCGCAAUCCACUUCCUACUACCGAACUCGAUUUCUCACGGCGUAAGUCAGUAGUUCAGAAUGAAGAUGCCGCAGCGGACAGUGUGGAAAAAGGAACUUUCAUGCAAAGUCAGGCGGCUUUUGAGAGUGGACUGUUUCUAGGGGGAAGUGAAAAGGUGUCAAAACCAGGUCCAUCAGAAAGUCUGGAGAGCGAUCAAACUAGCAAGAAAGCCCCACGGACGCCUUGUCGCGAAGGGGCCACUGAUCACUCUGAUGGCGAGGUUGAUAUAACUGAAGAUGAAGACAGUGACGGAACAGAAAGCGCUGAUGGUAACGUUGGUACAGGUAACGAUGAAGUUGAUGAGGAUGAAGAAAUGGAAAGCGCUAAUGGCGAACAUGUUUGUAUUCUUUCCGACACACACACAGAGAGAACCGAUACCGAAUCUGAAUCUGUUAGUGACUAUCAUACCUCUGAUGGCUGUUCUCUGCAAAGCAGCGAACUUAAAUCAGAUGGGGGCGAUGAUCUGGAAGAGAUAGUAUGUGACGAAGACGAUCUCAGCGAUGUAGCAUCAGUCAUAACACGUCCAAGUCAAGGUUCCGAGAUGGAUAUUGAGGGAGCAGAUCAACAAGACGAUCUGAAUAUGACCGAUGUUAGGUCGACCCCUGGAGAUGAGCCACAAGCUUCCUGCAGCAACUGUUUCAAGUCAGACGAAGUGGUUCUCGAUGAUUUCAUAUCGGUUGAAAGGCCGCUAAGCAAUAUUCUCGAGAUGGGCCUUGAGGACGUAGUUGGAUGUGACCAUCAUGACAUUGCGGGCGCUGAAUCUGACACUGAGGACGAAGUAGAAGCUUCUCGGUAUUGUGGGCUUGACUUUGAAAUUAAUGCGCAUGACGAGCAACCUUUUGGUAAAAAAGCAGCCUCUUUCUUUGAGACCAUGGAUCAAGAUGAAUCUACCGUGGUCGUGACUGGGGCAGCUCGGGCUUUGCCAAUUGAGACACCAGAUGAUGAUGAUGAAGUGAUGCUGCUUAUCGAAAAGCAGGAGAGCAUCGAAGGGAACUCCCCUUCAAAUGGGAACCCACGACUUGAGAUUCUUCCAUCAGAGAUACCUGAUUCUAAUCCCGAGAACCAAAUGCCUCAACUGUUCUCAGUCUCCUUGUGCAGGAAUGAGGUACCUGCGCCUUUACUCGUGAUGCCACCAGAUGGUGCGAAAGAGACCUUGUCUCAACAAUCCUGCCUCCAAGAGCAGGUAUGGGCUCCUCGUGCACCUCACCCUAGUACCUCCAUGGAGAUAGAGGGAGAUGAGAUUGUGGACUGCUCUUCACCGCCCUCAUCUCGUUCUGUCAGUUAUACUGGGAUAUCCAAACACAGUAAACGAGAGCGUCCAAGUACUCGCGUUUCUGGUUUUUCUCGAGGUUCUCGAGCAAUAUCAUAUCACCCUAGGCAGGCACCCAGACGUAGCCCUACACUAACUCGAACUCAUUCGCUGACUCUCGUCCGUUCUCGUUCAAGCCCUGAGCCCGCAUCAGAAUCAGCAAUGUUUUCCGACCAGCCCGACCAGCCCAGCUCUAGAGUUGACGCACAACCCCUGCGAUCUCAGCAUAACCAGCUCUCGAGCUUCCAUAGUGAACAAACAACCUGUGAUUGUAUGUCACUCAGAUCCGUAUCAGCUAGCACCGACUUAAUCUCCACCUCGCAGCAAGCAGAAGAUGAGGAAAUUCUUAUGGGACAACCAGAUUAUUCCUCUGGACAGCUGCCUGAUCCAGAAGUCCCCUCGUCACGGCUGACUUAUGUGCCAGAAGGAAGUUAUAUGUCUCGAACACAGCAAGAGUUACAAGAUCCCUUCUGCCUUGUGCCAAAACCUCGUUCGAAGUCCAUGUUUGCGUCUACGUCUCGCCCUGAGAGCCAGCAAUUAGGAAGAGAAUCACAGGCGUCCUUCGCUCCCACAAGCUCGCUCGCCAGUUCUAUUGCUCCAAGACAACGGUCGAAGCGAUUUCCUACGCUUACGGAAAGCUCUCAAGAAGGAGGGGUUCUUAAAGAGUUGACGAGGAGGACUAGUGUCGCCCAUGGUACUACGCCGAUUACCGGAAAAAGAAGAUCCAGUGCAGUGCCGCGAUUGUUGAACGUAUUAAACACCCAGUUUUCGCAAUCUACAGCUCUUCAAGGACCUCGCAAAGUUUAACAGAAAAUUAAGGAACCUGACGUUACAAAGCACGAGUGUGUUGCUGUUUGCUUCGAUUUCUAUCUCGCGAAAUUCAAAUUUGAUAUCAUUAGCAGUUUAUGGGCGUGCCAUUUUGCUGGGAAAAUUACGGAAGGCUCAUACGUGAGCGGAAUUUCGUUUGGCCUUUAGCUUAACUCUACAACAUUAGCA